ACCUCUUCUCUCUUCUAGACUCACUCACCACAACAACAAAGAGAAAAACAAAAAUGAUGAUCGGAGAAAAUAACAACCGGCCACAUCCAACCAUCCAUAUCCCUCAAUGGGAUCCAACGGUCACGAUCUCUUCACCAUUCUCUAACGGCGUUAACGAUUACCCACACUCUCCGUCACCGUAUCUCGACUCCUUCGCUUCUCUCCACCGUUACCUUCCGUCAAACGAGUUAACGGAAGAUUCCGACGAACCAUCACUCACCGACGAGUUUCGCAUGUACGAGUUCAAGAUCCGGCGAUGUUCGAGAGGCCGAUCUCAUGAUUGGACGGAGUGUCCGUACGCUCAUCCCGGAGAGAAAGCACGGCGGCGAGAUCCGAGGAAGGUUCAUUAUUCCGGCACGGCGUGUCCUGAGUUUCGUAAAGGGAGUUGUAGAAGAGGUGAUACGUGUGAGUUCGCUCACGGUGUUUUCGAGUGUUGGCUUCAUCCUUCUCGUUAUCGUACUCAGCCGUGUAAAGACGGAACGAGUUGCCGGAGAAGAAUCUGUUUCUUCGCUCAUACGACGGAGCAGUUACGUGUUUUGCCAGAUCCAGAUCUCGGAUUCUUCUCUUCGAAAUUAGCUACUUCUCCGACUUCGAUUCUCGUUUCUCCUUCGUUUUCUCCACCGUCGGAGUCUCCGCCGCUUUCUCCGAGCGCCGGUGAAAUUAUUGCGUCGAUGAGGAAGAUGCAGUUGAACGGAGGUUGUUCAUGGAGUUCUCCGAUGAGAUCUGGUGUUGUUAGGUUACCUUUUUCGUCGUCUUUGCGUCCGAUUCAAGCGCCGACGUGGCCGGGAAUAAGAGAGUUUGAGAUUUGGGAGAGCGAAGAAGAAGCUCCGGCGAUGGAGUUUGUGGAAUCUGGGAAAGAGCUUAGAGCGAAGAUGUACGCGAGACUCAGUAGAGAAAACUCACUCGGUUGAGUUAACUCGGUUCUGUUAAACCGAGUUAGUGAUGACGUGGCGGCUUUAUUGGAUUUGACUCGAAUUUUUAGUUUUUGUAUUUUGUGAAUAUUUGGAGAUUUUUCAGGUGUGUAGAUAAAUGACGUGGCGACGAACGGAUGAUGAAGAAAACAAAAAAGAUUAAAAUUUGUAAUUUGAGAUCUGAGAGCUAUUCUUAUGGCUUUUUUCUGCAAUUUGGUUGGUUUAGCAUCUGGUUGGUUAUCAAAUGAAUAAAUAAAUAGAAAAUGUAACAGUGA